CAUCCCUCGGCUCCAUUCUUGUUCAUGACAGUUUAGGUUAUUUUUGGUGUGUUGGGUCAUCUUUGUAUAUGGAAGUUUUCUCACCAUGGCCACAACUCAACCAGUCUGCAACCUACCUCUUCCAUGGAAGCAAACAUCUUUAUCGCCUCCUCUACCUUAUUCUGCUUGCACAAACCAUUUAUAUAGAUGGUGAAAGUAGACAACGUUGGGACCAAACCCAACACAAGCAAUUCGUCAAACAGCUUAUCCACCUUCUCAUAGUUGCCUUCCAAGACUAACACUUCCAGGACCAAGUUAUAGCAUUUGAUAUCAGGAAACCCACAAUGUCAAACUCAUCACAGCCAUUUUGUUCACACAUUGCUGAUAGUAUCAAUGAACAUAACUUCCCAUCUGUAUCGACCCCGCAUUCGACCAAAGAACAGAUAGAAGAGCAUUCAAUGAUUUCACAGUUGGUGUACAUCUAAACCUGGGAAUUCUCAAGAACAAAUCAAUGGCAGAUUCCAGUUCAUCGACAUCACCAUAAAACUUAAUGAGAUAGAUAAAAAUACCCUCGGGCACCUCAAAGUUGCAAACUUUUUGCAAAUGGUCAAGAACUUGAGGGAUCAAUCCAUAGUAGCAGGGGUAUCUGGUGAUUAACCUCAGGACAUAAUUGGGAUUCAGAAACCCUUUGGACCAGGCUCUGCAUCGACAGCUGGUGAGCGAACUUGUCG